AUGUCGACACCAUUAUCUAAUAUAAGGGUGUUUGUACAAUGGACAGAACAGACCGUCUUUGCUGGCGAGGAUGUCGAAUGCGAAAUAACGUUUAAGAACAUCGCGACCGUUCCGACGCCAUCACGAUCCACACUACAUCCUUCAUCAGCCGCCGGAAAUGGCUUUGCGCCUGGGGGAGAAAGACCAAGGAAAGCACCAAGUGUGCAGGCAAAGAAUGGCUCUACAAGUCCACGACCCCGUCCAUUGCGGCCCGAGAGGGGCCACAAAGCCAGUCUAUCUCUCAAUGUCCCUCCAAGCUCAGCUCGAUCUCAGCGUACAACAGAUUCGUGGAACGGAGCGCCGCUCAGUGGGGUUAAGAAAGGGAAAGGGGGGCACAGUCGCUCAGUAUCUAUUAUAUCCAUAGGAGCUAGUGAAAGCAGUACCAUCGCUGAUGGGGGAAACGUCAAUUCGAACGAUCGACCGCGGAAUAAAGGACAUGGGCGAUCGGCGAGUCUACAAAUAGUGCCUCGAAGACAUGGAGUAAAUGGGGGACCCCCAUCAGGCAAGUUUCUAUGUACUAGGAAUCUUGAUCUCAAAAUUGACAUAGUAAUAGCGCCACUCGGUCAACGUUCUUCGACACACCCAUCGCCGCUUCUCGUAUCUUCAUUUUCGCCGGUCUUCAAAGAUCAUGCUCUUCCCGAACGAAAGUCGAGACGGGAGUCUGGUGCUCGAACUGCCCCUGCCACUCCGAGCCUAGCAACAUCGCCCGCCGAAACAAGAACAGCUUCAGGAUCUUUUCCACAUGAAUUCAAAUUCCCUGCUACAUCCCCCGCCGAAGGUCAAGACAUCGUCAGACCAAGCAAUUCCCGGGAAGACAUCUAUUCCCCGCGAACCCAAGCUCCAAAAUCAAACUCGCCUCAGCCAGCAGCAGCAGCGCGUGUGAUAUCGCCCGCUAGUGUAAUUGGAACACCACGAAGCAGUGGUGAGUUCUACUCGGUGAGUAAUAAUUCUACCGAGACUCUCGCUUCGGAAUAUGUUGGCCAGCAAGGAGGACGAAUACCCCCAUAUGGCGGCCACGCAAGACGACCUUCGAGUUUGGCUCCGAUAAAUCAUCACCGCCCGCCAGAAACGUUGAUGAUGGGCUACGCUCAAAUAAGUGGCUCCUUUACGUUGGAUGGUUCUUUGAUUAGUCAAGCUCCGUUCGAGGAAGUAAAGAGGAAAGGGGCUGUGGGUGGUCAAGGAGGUGGGGUGAUUGGGAUUGAAACCAGCAAACGAGACAGCGGCCUCCUGAGAGGCUUCGGUUGGAGUAAUAUUGGAGAAUCUAUUGGGGGACUUCUCGGAGGUGGAGAACUCAGCAGUAUCAAGGAUAUGCGAGGCGUUGCCAGUACUCGUUCGAUACCGCUUCUAUCAACCCCUCAGUCGAUCUUGUUCGUGGACCUUCGCCUUGGUCCAGGAGAAAGUAAAAGCUACAAAUAUAGCUUCAAAUUGCCACGAGGCUUACCUCCUAGCCAUCGAGGAAAAGCAAUUAAAAUUUCAUACAAGUUGGUCAUUGGUACUCAGAGACCUGGUGGAUCCAAGGAGCAGCAGGUGAGAUCUGUCGAGGUACCGUUUCGCAUUUUAGGCAGUGUAAACACCCACGGAGAGCUUCUUGGUCACGAUUUGAUGAAUCCGUACAUAAUUCUACGCGAUCAGGCUCGUGUCAAAGUUAUUGACAGCCCAUCAGAUUCCAAUCCGGACUUGACAAAGAAGCUAGAAAUCAAGACUGCCACAAUACCCAAUGAGUCGUCACAGGGAGAUUUCUUGUCGUACGUGGACGACUUGCUUAUGCGGCAACGAGAGAACUCCAGCCAAGGGUUAUUGUCACCAACCGAGCGCAGAGAUCGACGGCAAUCAUCAAUUGAAGAGCCAUCAACGGCGAAAGAGGCGAUUGAUAUGGCGAUAUUGCGUAGCAAUAUUACAAGUGGCUCCCAACAAAGUGCUAACCGAUUUGAAAUUGCUCGUGGUGGACAACGUGUCGCAGUUAUCAUGCUAGCAAGGCCAGCUUAUCGCCUAGGUGAAAGUAUCAUGGCUGUCAUCGACUUUACAGAUGCUGACAUUCCGUGCUAUGCCGUACACAUGUCUUUAGAGAGCUCUGAAAAAAUUGACAACUCGAUCGCUUUGCGCUCUGAAGCUAGCGUUCUUCGUGUUACACGAAAGGUCUACGUUUCACAUUCAGAAUCAACAAUCUUUGCACGAAGGGUUGCCUUUUCACCUACUAUUCCUGUCACUGCUACCCCAGAGUUCAUAACUACUGGGGUCAGCCUAGAGUGGAAAAUGCGAGUGGAAUUUGUAACUCCGCGAUUGACGUUUGAAGAUAACGAGCUUAUCACAGCAAAAGAAGAUUUACUAGAGGAGAUAUCAAGAGAUGAUCGUGGAAUUACACUUGCAUCUGCCGAAGUGCUUGAUUGCGAGAGCUUUGAGAUAGCCGUUCCCAUUAGAGUGUAUGGCGCGUUGUCUGGAAAUACAGACCGAGACGAAAGUCCGACAAAUGGACUUGUAGUGUAA